GUCUGGCGUGUCCAUGGGCGAGGACGAGAUUGUCGGCGAGGAGGAGAUCCUGAACGGCAUCAUACGCGGCCAUGCCUAUGAACCCCCCGUCGACGACUAUGAAGAAGAGGCCGACGAGGACGAAGGUGAGGAGGAAGUCCAGGAGGAGCUGAUCGACGCCGACACCGGCGUGACCACGAUGACGACGCGCAAGCGUUCCACCGGCACUCGUGGCCCGAGGUGGAGGUCCUUGGAGGAUGAAUGCCUCAUCGAGGCGUGGAAGCAAGUGAGCUUUUGCCCCAUCACCGACGCAAACCAAACCGGGGGAAAGUACUACAAGCGCAUCCUCGAUUGCUUCAACGAGAAGAAGAACUAUGGUGAUUACGCCACCAUAGAGACGAACCGGGACGAGGGUGCCCUCUCUCACCGUUGGAACUUGAUCAAGGGGGCGUGUAGCAAGUUUCAUGGCUACUAUGAGAAGAUCAAAGCACGGAAGGAGAGCGGCAAGUCGAUGGUGGAUUGGGUAUGAUCUACGCCUAUCUUAUUUGAUGAUCCAUGUUGUAACAUAUGAAAUGAUGAUCCAUGUUGUUACAUAU